AAAAGUACAUAAAAGGCAAUAAUUAAGAAAUGAACUAAAAAGAAAAAAAAACAAAACAGGGGCCAAAGAUCGAAAUGAUUUAUAAAUACUAAACUAUAUCAUUAAUUCCAAUGUUGCAUUGCUCUAUGAGUUUUUUAUUAUGCUGAUAAAUUACAUCAUGCGAAUAACCUAUGAAUUUAUUUUGUGAUAAUUUCAUAGGGUAUUCAUUAACGAACGAACGAACGAACGAAAAUAAAAGUAAAGAACUCCAACAAUCAUUAAAUAAGUAACGAAUGAUUUUGUUUAAAGUUUUCAUUUUAUUGCUACCUUUCGUUGUUUACAGUGAAUCGAUUACAAGGAUUCAAUUACAUUCAUCUCUUCAUUUAAACUUAUCUUAUCCUGUAUUGAAUCAUCAAUGGAAUUUAUCAAUUAAACAAUUCAAAAAUAAAUGGUUCCAAAGACUGAUAUCAUCAAAGAAUGGAAUAUAUACUGAAUAUUUAGAAAAUUACCAAAAUAUUGAAUAUUAUGGAGAAAUUUCUAUCGGGACUCCACCUCAAACAUUUUAUGUAAUAUUCGACACAGGAUCACCAUAUUUAUGGAUACCAUCUAAAAUGUGUGAUUCCAGUGAUUUAGCAUGUCAAGUACAUCAUAAGUAUGAUAGUUCGAAAUCUUCAACUUAUAAACCGAAUGGUGAAUUAUUUUAUGUCCAAUACGGCACUGGAAUAGCAUCAGGAAUUUUAAGCUCAGAUUGUGUUCAUAUCGGUUCACUGAAUAUUGUAGAUCAAACAUUUGGUGAAGUUACUCAUCAACCUGGUCAAGUAUUUAUAAAUUUUCAUUUUGAUGGAAUUAUGGGUAUGGGAUUUCAACAAAGAUCACAAAAUUCUAAUCCAACACCUAUAUUUCUGAAUAUGAUUGAACAGCGAUUAGUAGAUAAACCUGUAUUUGCAGUUUAUUUAAAUCUUAAUGAAGAUAAGACAACUAGUGGAGAAAUAAUGUUUGGUGGGAUUGAUGAUAGAUAUUAUACUGGUGAUUUAACUUAUUCAGACGUUGUAAGUGAAGAAUAUUGGAUGAUUAAAAUAGAUGGUAUAUCAAUCAACGAUAAAAUAUUUUGUCCAAGUGGAAGUACCGCACUAAUCGAUACGGGUACAGCUUUAAUAUCAGGUCCAACUGAAAAAAUUAAUAAUAUAAAUAAAUAUCUUGGAAGUAUACAAGUAUCUAAUAAUGAAUACAUUGUGGAUUGUAAUAAAAUUCACAAGUUACCAAUAAUCGAAAUAAAGAUUAAUGGCAAACCUAUUCAAUUGAAAGCAGAUGACUACAUUGUUGAGAAAGUUUCAAACGGUUCACGAAUUUGCAGGACUUGCUUCAUUGGUACUGACUUCUCAAGUGGCCCGUUAUGGGUAUUUGGGGAUGUACUUUUAAGAAAAGUUUAUACAGUAUUUGAUGUUGGUCAACGGCGAAUAGGAAUUGCCGAUGUCGCAGAAGAGGUUAAAUCCUCGUGAACAAAAAUAAUAUUUGUGGGAUAGUCAAUAACUCUCUUUCCGGUUUCUGAAGUAAUAUCGCUGAACUGAAUUAUCUAGUUAACAAUAUAUGAAACGAUAAAAAAACAUCUUUUUUAUUUUAAGUGAUUUUGCGAUUACCGUUUCUAUUUUACUUAUACUGCAUUGUUGUUUGCUUUUUCGUUUUCUCAGUUGUAUAAAUAAGCAAAAAAACAUUGGAAACUUUCUAAUUACUAUUAAGCGGUAGCAGUUAAGACUGCCGAAGUGAACAUUUACAAAUGUUUACUAGUUUACAUCAAACUCAUCAGUCCUAGAUAACUGUUGAACCGUCAUAUGGCGAAAUAUCUAGUGUUGUAGUCGUUAAAAUGAGAAAUUACACAAAAUAUUAGCGAUAGUACAAUAAUACACUGAAAUAAUCGGAAUUGUCUGAUGUCUCAUUCACGGAAAUCAACAAGAGGGUAUCUAUUCAAUGUUGUAUAUUAAAAUAGGUACUUUGGUAGAAAUAUUAAAUUAUGUCUCCUGAAAUUUAUAACGAAUGUUCCAGAUAUAAAAAAAUGUGAUAAAAGGACUAGAUAUGACGUUCUAUGUACAGGGAAUUAUCAGUGUAAUUAGAUCUUAUGGUCUGUUAGGAUAUAUGCUUAGUCAUAAGUACAGGCCACUCACCAGCAUUCUCCAUCCAACUCUAUCCUGAACAAUCCUUUCCAGUUCUUUCAAGUUGCUACUCAUCCUUUUCAUGUCUGCUUCCAAUUUCCAACGUAUUGUGUUCUACAGAUUUCCUCUUUUACGUUUCUCUUCAGCUCUCUAAGUUAGCGCUUGCCUUGUGAUGCAGGCUGGUGAUUUCUGUAAUGUAUGUUCUAUCCACUUCCAACGUCACUUCCUAAUUUCAUCGUCAGCUAGAAACUGGUUUGUUCUCUACCAUUGUUUGUUGUUGUUGAUGAUAUCCGGUCAACAGAUACCGAGUGCCUUGUGUAGACAGUUGUUCUUAAAUACCUGUACUUUAUAUGAUGGUUGUAGUGGUUCUCCACAUAUGUAGGAAGCGAUUUCCUACAGAUUCAACUCUAAGCUAAUCUCUAGACUGUCGAGUACAGAGCCUUGGUUUAGCCAAAGUCAGAACAAGCAAGCUAUUUGGCUAGAUAAACUUUAUCUGUUUCUAAAACAUAAAUUAACAUCGUUAGUGUACAAACAAACAGUACGGUCUAUUAAUACAGGGAAAAACAGAGACAAAUAACAUACCGAACAGUAGCCAGAGAAUAGGGAAAAUAAGUCAACAAGCCAGUAUUGUUUUACAAUGAACAUUAAACCGUGAUCGGUUAAUAAAGAGAUACAGUCGUACAAGGUCAAAAGGAGUUGAUGUGGUGGUGGGCGUUUACCUUAUUAUUGGUGGGUUCGUCUAUCAAUCACAUUUUACACUCCCCCCGAAACGCGCACCACGUCCGUUGUCCAGGGUCGUGGUCGCCGUCAGACAGCCGGCUCCUUCUAGUAGACAUAAGCGUCGUACGUCCCGAACAGUUUCUUCGUUUGCGGUUCUCAAUUUUGCCGUACGAACUUGUCCGUCAGAGCCAUAGCUUACUUGUUCGACAAUAGCUUUGGACCAUAGACUUCUCAGUGAGCCAACAUUGUUUAAUAACACUAAGUUUCUCGAAGACUCAUCCAUCAAUACCUUCUGAAACAAUAGUGAUCGCAGAAUUCUUCUUAUCGACUUUAUGAUGCGUCCCCACACACCGUCUCGUUGACUAGACCUCGAAAGUUUAAAGCGCCAUUCACAACCUCUCUCUAAAAGGGCAUUUACUGUCUUAUUCUGAUUCCAACUACACAUGAUCUGUCUAAGAAUAGCAUUGGAUCCUAUAGAACUACCAGAUGCACCCUUACUCUUGUUCACAACUCGUACAAGGGCGCCUUUCUCAACACCAUCCUCGAUACCACGGCGAAUAUGUGCUACCUGCUUCUUCAGGGUCUUAGUUACUGGCUUCUUCGUUACAGUGGUCUUCGGCUUUUUCGUAGUCUUCACUUUCAGUUUGAUGUCCUUCUUUUCCUUGAGCUUUCUUAGAGUUGAUUUGGAUUUAUUAGCAGAUGAUGCUUCAGUUUUUGGCUUAACAACCUUAUACUUAGUUAAUAAAAACGAACAAUGAACUUGACGAGAGACAUCUUCG